AUGAACGACUGGAGCGUGACCUCUUCGAGGUAUGCUCGCGUAUCCGCCGGCAUAUGCAAUGGGCACGUUAUGCCUCGGAGGCAUUCGCGGAGAAUCCGCCGGGACCCUCUUUACCGUUCUCCGAAGAUUAGAGAAGCCGCCGCGUUUGCCAAGGAAAGUAAAAUAAGGUGGGCCGGACACGUGAUGCGCUUUAAUGACAACCGUUGGACCAGAGCCGUGAGCGACUGGGUUCCCCGCGAUGUUAAGCGCACUACAGGAAGACGGCCGACCCGAUGGUCAGAUUUCUUCACGAAGUCCUUCAAAGAAAAAUAUGAUGCUCUUCGUGUCCCACGCGAAAGGAGGAACCACUGGGCUACUCUGGCACGCGAUCGGGACAAAUGGAAGAAUUACUGGCGCCCGCUCGACCAGUUCGAAGAUCAACGGGAGUCAAGGUGA